AUGACCGCUGCAGACAGACUUCCCGUUUACUUUAUUUCCCACGCUGGUCCAAACCAAGCAGUAGAAAAAUCAACCACCGCCGACUUUUUCGACGCCCUCGGCAAGAAAUGGGAGUCCUUCUCGGGUCCCAACAAGCCGACUUCGAUUUUGGUGCUUUCAGGACAUUGGGAGGGCGAGCGUGGAGUUGUGAAAGUCAGGACAUCGGAGAAAAAUGAACUGUAUUAUGAUUUCUAUGGAUUCCCCGAUGAGUUGUACAAGAUGAAGUAUCCUUCAGUGGGGAGCCCUAAGCUUGCGAAUCGUGUCCUUGAGAUCCUUGGCAAGGCAGGGAUCCCAGCAGAGGCAGAGACGAAACGCGGUGUAGAUCACGGAGUCUGGGUGCCCUUCCUCCGGAUCCUUCCCACACCCAAGAUCCCCAUCGUUCAAAUGUCCUUGGCCGAUAUGAGACACCGACCGGAUGAGGAAACGUUCGAGUACCACAUCCGACUGGGCAAGGUGUUGGGACAGUUGAGGGACGAGGGGGUGUUGAUUGUUGCUAGCGGUACUGCUGUGCAUAACUUGAGGGAUAUCGGUGCUUAUAUGAGAUCCAGUCAGGGAGUGGGCAAGAUGCAGGUUGCGCCAUAUGUUGCGCCUUUUGAUGGACUUUUGGACCAGGUUGCCCUUGCCAAGACUGAGGAGGAGCGCGAGAGGUUGGCAGUGAAGGACAUGGCAGGAUCCAAGUACUUGCGAUCGGCACACCCGUCAUUGGACCACUUGUUGCCUUUCCAUGUAGCGAUCGGUGCUGCAGGUGGCGAUGAGGGCAAGGUCUUGCACAAGAUGUUCAUGUUGAGCAUGUCGAUGAGCGCGUAUUCCUUUGGCGAGGCUGCGUAA